GUAUGACCAUAAAUGGAGGAAUUGCUGUACUGAUGUAAUUCUUGAGGAGGAAUUUAAGAAGUUCAUCAAACUACAUAAUCGCCAAGGCUGGGUUGUACCACUGAAGAGCCUCUGUGAUAAGGUUGGGAUAUCGCCGAAUUUCUUCGCUGACAAUAAAAAUGUCACUCUGAAAGAAGCUCGUGCGCUAGUUUUGAAGUCUCGAUUAGAGAUAACUAGUGAGCCAAGUGCUUGGCUAGUGGAGAACGAUCAUCUUGGUCUGAAGAACUUUGACCUAUUGUACUAUCUUGCCACUGAAUUAGAUCCACACGCAGUACACAUGCGCCUUGCUCUCUACAACGAGCAAACGUACGCGGAUCAAGGCAGAGUUCGAGUUGCUGGGAAAUAUUAUAAUAAUAUACAAUUGGGUAAGCGAAUGUUUGGGCCAAGCAAGAAACAAAAAUUUAUUCGCAGUAUCACGGGCGGUAUGGAAAGAAGGUUUGAAAUAUUGGACAAUCAGGUGAAUUACCUACCUUUUACUCACGAAGCGUUUGAUAAGAAUUUGGACAAAUGUAGAAAUUGGAGAGUGAAAUGUCGUGACUCAUCUAGAGUAACACUUCAAUAUCCGUAUGGUAGCGAGAAUACAUUUAUUCACGCUAAUUAUGUAUGCGGCGGUCCUCUAUUCAAUAAAUUCAUUCUGACUCAAGCCCCCAUGGAGAAUACUAUUGGCGAUUUCUGGCGUAUGGUUUGGCAAGAGAAAGCGUCAUAUAUUUUUAUGGUGAUUGGGAGAAAGAAUAGGGAUCGAUGUUCCGAAUAUUGGCCUCGUUGUCCUGAAUCAAAGUCAAUAGUUGCUCAUGGGCUUCGCGUUCACAACGUUGGAAUUUCUUUUUCGCGAGAUCCUGUAUUUCGUGUGUCGUACAUUAGAAUUGUGGAUAAUUUCGGUGGAGAGGUGCGUUAUGGGACUACUUGUUAA